GCGGAGAGGCGUCCCAGCAUCCUCGCUGACUGUGGAGGAGAUGUCGGCCAUCUUGGACUGUACCGGGGCUCACGGAUUGAUGCGGUGACACGCGGCAUGUUUGGUGCUAACAGGAAGAAGUUCAUGGAGGGCGGGGUGGAGAGCGACUAUGCCGAUGACACGAGCCUCUACUACAGCCAGCAGUCCAUGUUCCCCCCUCACCGACCCGACAAAGACAUGUUAUCGUCGUCUACGGCCUCCUCUACGGGUCAGCUGUCCCAGCUGGGAGCCAGUUUGUAUGGCCCUCAGAGUGCACUGGGUUUCCCCAUGAGGGCACUGAACAGCAGCACAGCUCCUCAGUUAUCUCGCAGCGGAUUGAACCAAUCAGGAGGUCCGAUGUCGUCACACAGUAACACGCCUCCAUCGCCCAGCAGGGGGAUCCUUCCCAUGCGGAGCAGCGUGCUGAACCACAGUCAGCAGGUCGGGGGUCCGACGGGGCAGUCGGGGGGAAUCGGGGCAGGAGGAGGUGGCGGAGAGAGGGGAGGCGGCGGAGGAGUCGGGGGAAUCGGAGGAGGAAGGAGCGGCAGUUUGGGGAGUCCCAGCCGGUCGUCACCGAGCAUCAUCGGGAUGCCGAAGCAGCAGCAGGCGAGGCAGCCGUUCACCAUCAACAGUAUGUCAGGGUUCGGUGUGAACAGGAAUCCUGGCUUCAACAUGAACAAUUCGCUCUCCAACAACAUCUUCAAUGGCACAGACGGCAGUGAGAAUGUGACAGGUUUGGACCUGUCAGAUUUCCCUGCAUUAGCUGACCGGAGUCGGAGGGACGGAGGUUCGAAUCCCACGCCGCUGCUCAACCCGCUGGCCGGUCGGGCACCCUAUGUUGGCAUGGUAACCAAGCCGUCCAGUGAGCAGUCUCAGGACUUCUCCAUCCAUAACGAGGACUUCCCUGCUCUGCCGGGGCCCAACUACCAAACUAAAGACCCCACCAGCACCAUCGACGACAGCAAAACGAGUGUUACCUCCUCAGGAAAGUCCAGCUCCAGCGCCGACGGUCCAAAGUUCCCUGGUGAUAAGAGCUCCGCCCCCAACAACAACAACCAGCAGAAGAAAGGGAUCCAGGUGCUUCCUGACGGGAGGGUCACCAACAUCCCCGUCGGCAUGGUAACGGACCAGUUCGGGAUGAUCGGCCUGCUGACGUUCAUCAGAGCGGCUGAGACGGAUCCAGGCAUGGUGCACCUGGCUCUGGGCUCGGACCUCACCACGCUAGGCCUGAACCUCAACUCCCCCGAGAAUCUGUAUCCUAAGUUUGCUUCUCCGUGGGCUUCAGCUCCCUGCAGACCACAGGACAUCGACUUCCACGUGCCCUCAGAGUAUCUAACCAACAUCCACAUCAGGGACAAGCUGGCAGCCAUCAAGCUGUCUCGGUACGGAGAAGACCUGCUCUUUUACCUGUACUACAUGAACGGAGGAGACCUGCUGCAGCUGCUGGCUGCCGUGGAGCUGUUCAACAGGGACUGGAGGUACCACAAAGAGGAGAGGGUGUGGAUCACCAGAGCUCCGGGGAUGGAGCCCACACUGAAGACCAACGCCUACGAGAGAGGGACCUACUACUUCUUCGACUGCCUCAACUGGAGAAAGGUGGCCAAGGAGUUUCAUCUGGAAUAUGACAAACUAGAAGAGAGACCUCAUGUUCCCUCCACCUUCAACUACAAUCCCGCCCAGCAGGCCUUCUGAUUGGCUCCGCCUCCCCCCGCCUGCCUGCCAUUGGCCCUCCCGGCUCAUCAAUCAUCAGCGCCCUGUAGGUUGUCCCACCCACACUGAAUCUGGCCUAUCAGGACUCAGGACGGAGAUCCCCGCUCGCUCCCGUCCAAUAGACUCUCAUCAUUUUACUUUUCCUUACCUCAUCUUUUUCCUUGUUUUUUAAAAAUUUUUAUUUCACACUUCCUGGCUUGGUUGAUCUGUUUUCAAACACACACACACACACACACACACACACACACACACACACACACACACACACACACACACACACACAGAGGCAGCAGCGUGUUCAAUUAUCUGAGCAAGUCUGUCUUGUUUUCUGUUGAGUCUUAAAAUCUACAAGUGUCACCACAGCAGUAAAUCACUAUCACUGAGACACACACACACACACACACACACACACACACACACACACACACACACACACACACACACACACGGGCCAGCUGACAGUGAUGUACAUUGUAGCACUGUUUUAUAAUAAAAUAAAGAAAAA